AUGGCUGUUCCGAUCCUGAGGCCUCUCACCUUAGGCGCAACCACAGCGGUCUGUCCAGCUACUCAGUUUCUGGAACGGCUCAGCGGAACGCGACUCACUGCAGACGAGGUCAUGGUGUCAUUUUACGUCACCUCCCUCUGCACUUCCAUCCCGCAGGACGAGGCCAUCGAAACGGUCAGCGAAUGGCUCGAGAGGCAUUACGACGAGAUGGAUGAGUCAGUGAAGGUAAGACAUCUAGUCCAACUCUUAAAAUUCUGCCUGAAGACGCACUUCACCUUCCAGGGGACCAGGUACGAACAGAUUAGAGGGACGCCGAUAGGAUCGCUUCUCUCCGGCUCCAUCGCUGAGGCAGUUCUGCGAAAACUAGAGAGCCUGAUUUUCUCAAAUCACAGGCCAAAGUUUUGGACUCGGUACGUCGACGACACCUUCGCCAUCAUUACAUAAGAAAUGGUCGAGAAAUUUCACAGCGUCCUGAAUUCCGUUUUCCCGGAUAUUCAGUUUAUGAUGAGGGCGGAAAACAACGACCAUCUGCCUUUUCUGGACGUUCUUGUCCAUCGAAAACCAAACGGACACAUAAAAACGACAGUGUAAAGGAAGGCUGCCAACACACGCCAAAUCCUAAGCUAUCACAGUAAACACCCGGUAUGUCACGACGUUUCAAAAGCAGACAAGCUUUAAUCGUCGAAGGUGAGUAUCGUACGGCGUCACACAGUACUUAUAGGGGGUGGAUGAAAGUCAUGUUAACACAGUGUCAAUUAUACGGGGGGAGUUGUAAAUCGGCUUUGGCGCUAAUUGUCCGCAUACACACAGGGGUCGUCUCUGUAGUCACCGGGGCAGAACGGGAGGGAGGGUGGCUGCUGUCUCUCGUCGGGAGGUGGCAUUUGAACGUUGGUGGUCAUCGCUCGCAUUCGCGUUGAUCUUAGUCGCCGUCCUGGGUUGCUAGUCUUGAUUGCAUCCCUCUGACCGCGUUUCUCCCCGUCUGCCGGAGUAGUAGUUGAGACGACAGUAUUGAUGACCGCGCCUUCGUCGGGCCCGAUUUGCGGUGUGGCUACGUGUAGGUACGUCGCAGGUUCUCCCGUGUUUGGAUUAACGUCUGGCCUGACUACGCGCUUGCUCUUUCGUUCAUUGAGCUGCGUCCGGAGGGCUUGGUAGGCUGCUGGAAGGGCGAAGCAGCGGUUUAUUGAGGUAGUCUCCGUGUGCCAGGCCUCGAUUGUUUCCUUGGCUACGCGGUCAUUGCAUCGACCCAGAAUUUCGGCGUUCUGAAUGGCGAAAGUGUGACCGGAGUCCGCGCACUGUUCUGUCACCAGAGACAACGGUUCCAUUCUCCUCACUGCCCACAUUGAUAAGGCAUUAAAGCGCCUUACGGGAAAUAAAUUAAUCUCAGGAGUUCUAACCAGAUCCCUAAAGCAAGACGAAUCCGCAAUUGCCAAGAUAUAUGGACUUCCUAAUGUUCACAAAAUGGGUAUUUACUGCGAUCGAUAGUUUCCCUAAUCGGUGCACAAAAGUACAAGAUUUAUAAGUGGCCGUUUCACCAUCUACGUUCACUUCCAAGGGGCUCUGAGAAAUCCAUUGAAGAUUCAAAUGAAUUUCCAUACAAAUUAAAAGGAAUGAGUGUUGCAACCAACGAGAUAAUGGUUUCCUUUGAUGUAAUCUCCCUCUUCACCUCGAUUCCAUUAGAUUUAACGAGACGCUGCACCGAAGAACUCCCUUAGGCCUACACCACUUAUGUACAUGCGGAUGCUCUACUCCAAUUACUUGAUGUUUGUCUAGAAACAAACUUUUCAUUCGCCAAACAAUUUUAUCGGCAACCGAAAGGCGCUCCUAUGGGUUCCUGCUCCACAAAGAUCUUAACUCCGCAUUUUCAGGAAUCAAGUUCAUUUUCGAAACAGAAUUUGAUGGACAGCUCCCAUUUCUGGAUGUCCUUGUAUGCCGAAAAACUGAUGGAUCCCUUCGAACUUCAGUUUAUCGUAAAGAAACAUACUCCGAGGUCAUCCUACAUUUUGAGAGCAACCAUCCCAUCUCUCACAAGACGGGUACUGUCUACAGCCGGCUUAAUCGAGCAAAAGCACACUGCUCUGAUGAAGAAAGUUACCAAGCAGAGAUGAAGUACCUCUUUAAAUUAUUUUUCUACAAUGGGUACCCGCGCUACUUUGUGUGCCAUUACAUGAAACAUGAGUUUAAACACAAAGUAUUUAGUACAAUACGGCCACCCAGACACUAAAAACAUUUACCUGGCGGACUGUCCCAUACGUAAAAAAUGUAUCUGAGCUCGUCGAAAGACAGCUGAAAAAACAUCAGGGACCCCGACGGGUCUUUAAUAAAAAUAAUUAUUUUAUUUUAUUAUUAAGUAGCAGACCAACCUACAACCACCUUGCGUACACAGCUUGUACACCUUUGGGACAGGGUUGGCUAUCUCGAUAGAAAAGGUGCUGUUUACAAAAUACCAUGUUUCAGUUACGAUGCCGUCUAUUGUGGCCAGACCGGGAAAUCUGUCUCAGCCCGUAUAUACGAGCAUCAGUUAGCGGCGAAGAAACGAUUUCAUGUAUCCCAAGUGGCUAUGCAUACACUAGACACCGGACACCAAUUUGCAUGGGAGAACACGCGCACUGUUGGCGCCUGCCUCAUAAGGAGAAGCCGUGAAUUCCUGGAAGCAAUGCACUCAGAUGAGGCAUGCAUCAAUCGGCAUAUCCAUAAAGAUGCCACGUACAAUUUUCUCAAGGAAAAAUGGAAGCGAGCACAGCCACUGCCAAGGGGAUGACGAAAUGUCAUUAAUGCGCAUCGGCGCAGACUUCGGCCAACCACGUAAUCACUUGUUCCAUACGGUUUAAAUCGUUAACUGUUUUUGUACAUAACCCAGUAGUCUGACGACGAGCUGGGGAACCAGGUCCGAAAAUCUACUAAUAAAGUUCUUACUUUUCUCAAAGAACCUACCAUCUUCAAAUAAACAUAUAUCUUAUGUAUGAUCAUGGCGUACGCCGUACUAGAUAGAAGUCCACACAUGUUUUUCUGAUAUUUCUGCUGCAUGAAACAGCUGCGAGUGUUUCGUCUCCUCAGUGGACCUCCCAGCGUUCUCUAUGCUGUUUCCAUUUUGUAAACUAGAGAUAAGAGUCAAGGUAAUAAUUCCAGAAAGUAUUUAGUGCAAGAGAUGCAGUUCAGUGUCCGUGGCAUGAUAUAUUUACGGUCAGUUCGAAAUUCUAAUGGACAUGUGAAUCGAAGGCAAUUAGCAAAUGUAGAAUAACCACGUACUGUCCAGACGAAUCACAAGUGUCACAUCCCUCACGCAAGGAAUAAGGGCCAAUUUAAUGAUUCCCACUAGCCGAGACUUGAAGCUAUACAAAAUUGUACUUUACGGAAAUAAUCAUGACAGAAGUUUCCGUUCGAGUCCAAUGGUUACCCAAACUCUUAUUCAUCUAGUUUUCAUCAUGUUGUAAGCAACUUUUGUUUGGUCGCAUAUCGGACGUUGUUACUGAGCCUUAUGAAAUUACUUUGGAGACUAGAUGAUUCACAAAGUCUGUGAAAAGCCUAUAGUUCCGACUCUGACUACAAAUUAUAAUCCUAAGAAUUCUCACUACGACAGAAUCUGCGAUGUUACCACAAAACUUGCACGAAAUUUCAAGGGUUAUGUUGUUUAAGCCACUAGCAGCUCAGUGGCAACCUAUGGGUAGCCGCUCACUUGAUAUCUCUCUCCUGCUCUGUCUAGACCCGAAGGUCCACUAAUGAAUUUCUAAGUUUAUCCAUUCUACUUCCCCGAUCGAGGCGUUGUCUACCAAGUGUACGGCACAACACCAAGUCUUCAUCUGCGUCCGCAGUUUCGCCAGCAAUUGACAGAGUCACAGGUGACCAUCACGGUUCUGCACUCCAGAGCUCCGUCAAAACUGGCGAUCGGCGCUGCUCUCUGGCCUAGUCUGCUUGUAUUAACCGCAAUACAGAAUUCACAAGAAAAAGGUCAAUGUUAAACAACCAACCCAAAAACUCUCUGUUGGGUGUGCCUGCGGAAGUACUAAAGACCAGUCCUUUCUGCGAUAUGACAAGGACUUCUCCAUACUUGUAUCGAAACAUCAAGGGUAGUCUGUGACAAGCUAAAUGCGAUACCAGGGCCAAUCUUGAAUCUAAAAUGCAUAAAUUGGCUUAUAAAGGGCAUCAAAAUGCUCAGGCACCUAAGCAAAAUUUCAUCCGCCUCUAAGUCAAGAAGUUGUAGUAAUUUAAAUCUUUCUUAAAAGAGCUACCCUGUAACUUUGAAAACUUGCCUUUUACAGGCGGGUCGUUUAGUUUGGCAUCCGGACACGACAAAUUUUUUUCUAGCGUCUGCAUCCCUUGUAUGUCCCUUCGAAUAUUAAUUGUUUACUUCCGAUGAAAUAUUUCCCCGCGACAAAUAUCUAUGCUAUAUUAUGAUUGCAGAAAUUGCUGUGUGUAUAUCGGGCGCACUUAAAUCUCAAAGUCGAAUUUGACCAUGACGAAGAGUUGAUUUCUGAACACCCAGCGAUACUCCUGCCGAGAAGCCACAGCUUAUCUAUCCGAGAAGACACUUUGGGCUGCAUAUGUUGGAUAUUAAGUCUGCUCGUCACCCGGAACUCACACAGUUGGGAAACGUAUAUAGUAAGGUCGAAUAUAUUCGAAUAGCAUACUCCUCUGUUGAGCUACGUACAUCGCGAUGCACAGCCAUGCGAGCGAUAAUUAUUUCUCCAUUUUAGACUCUAAAGGACGCCCUGUUCCACAUGUUCUGCCAUUUUGCGUUUUCGGACUACUCUAAGUUUUUCUGUUGUCUGGAUCGGGGGAAGCUGGGCAACCUGUCAAUUAAUAGUGUUACAUAACAUCUGUAGAUCUAAUAAAGAAGGCGGUCGUUGCCAGCUGAGUUUUUGUUCCUCAGGUUUUUGUAAGUCAUUGAAAACUGCAUUUUAAAUGACAGAAUGUACUCUUGGCUGUAUUAGUUUGCGAAGGUCAUUUCGAUCGUAGUUGCUGAGUUUGAUGGAUACGGAAGCUGGACAAAAUGAUUCUUCGACCGCAUUGUCAGGCCCCCUAGUGAUUGUGUUACCGCAUCUUGGCUGGCUUUGAUCACUGAAGUAGUCAGAUUACUGGGUCAGCUAAUUUAACAGUGCGCAUCAGCCUCCCGACUUCACGGCCAGACUAAGUCACCCCACUUUUCGCGCAGAUUUACUUUGAAAUUUUUUGCUGUUGCGCCGUGCAGCACUCAGGGCUCCUCGGCAAAAGUCCUCCAAGUUCGCAUCUCAUUGGGACGUGAAAUCCUUUCACCAAGGAUUCAAUCCAUGCGGUGACGCCGACUGCGAUCUAGCGCGUGUGAGAUAGCCUGCAGAGUGAGGACUUCUCGUGGGACAUGGGGUCCCAAGGCGGCACGUGAUUGUUAAAACGACUUACAUUGAGUUUAUUUUUAAAUCUCGGCCUCUUAGUGUCUCAAUCUGAAUCGUAGCAUUGUAAUUUUCGUCGCCCGUUUCGUUACAGCUUUCUGCCAGGCCUUUUCAGGAAGCUCGGACGCAUGUAGAACCCGUUCAGGUUUCGUGUAUUUACCACUCCAUCCGUCAGCGGCCGAUUAUCUCUUUGGUUGACAAACGCAUUUUUUUUAACGAACAGGCCGUCCAUCAUAGCGAAAUUGACAAGCCCAUCACAAUCGCAUACCGGGUUUCCACCGCUCAGCAGAUAAGUAAUAUCUCCUUGUCCUCUUAUGAAUGUCCCCCUAGGUUUUACGUACGGGCACGUCUGGCCAUAGUCCUUAGCACACCUGUUUAUAAUCAACACCCAGCGCUGGGACGCAUACCCUCACUAUGAACUCAACAUAAGCAGCACAAAGCUCUGCAAGUCCUAGCAUUAGUGACGUCAGUUUACUCUGAGAACGUGAACCUACUUUCAGCCUCUUGUCUGUUUGCCAAUUUACUGCUUCCUGACACAUUCGGUUGGUCAACCGGCUUUUUAUUUUGUAACUUUGCCGAGACUCCAGUGAAGUUUGUGCUGUCUUAUAGGUUUUUGCCCUGUUCAAAGAAAUAAGACAAAUGUCGCUCCUUCAGACCGUUCCUUCCUCAUCGUAAGUUGUUUUCAGACCGCACUGUAUUUCUAGGGAGGCUAAGGGGCACAGAGACAUGCAAGUUUCCCCCGAAAUCCUUGCCGUUGUAGAGGACAUAAAGUAG